AUGAGAUUCCUCUGGGGAGCCUUGGCUGCCUUCUCGGCACUCUCGCUCACCGCGGCUGCCCCGGGUGCCGCCCACCCCGCGGGUAACUUCAGCUACAACCGGCACCAGUUCCUCCUCGAUGGCGAGCCGUACCAGAUCAUCGGCGGCCAGAUGGACCCCCAGCGGAUCCCGCCCGAGUUCUGGUCACACCGGCUCAAGAUGGCCCGCGCCAUGGGCCUCAACACCAUCUUCAGCUACCUCUACUGGAACCUGCACGAGCCGCGGUCCGGCACGUGGGACUUUUCUGGUCGCAACGACGUCGCUUCCUUCUUCCGCCUCGCGCAGGCAGAGGGCCUCAAGGUGGUUCUCCGCCCGGGGCCCUACAUCUGCGGCGAGCGCGACUGGGGCGGCUUCCCCGCGUGGCUCAGCCAGGUGCCGGGUAUGGCGGUGCGCCAGGACAACAGCCCGUUCCUCAAUGCGGCCGGGGCGUACCUCGACAAGCUGGGCAAGGAACUAGGGGGACUGCAGGUGACGCACGGCGGGCCGAUCCUGAUGACGCAGCUGGAGAACGAGUACGGCAGCUUCGGCACGGACAAGACGUAUCUGUCGAAGUUGGCGGCGGCUCUGCGGCGCAACUUUGACGUGCCGCUGUACACCAACGACGGCGGCGGCAAGUCGUACCUCGAGGGUGGGCAGCUUCACGGCGUGCUGGCCGUCAUCGACGGGGACUCACAGUCCGGGUUCGCGGCGCGCGACAAGUACGUGACGGACCCGACCAGCCUCGGGCCGCAGCUCAACGGCGAGUACUACAUCACCUGGAUCGACCAAUGGGGCAGCGACUACGGCCACCAGCAGAUCUCCGGGUCGACCGACGCGAUAUCCAAGGCGGUCGCGGACCUGGACUGGACGCUGGCGGGCAACUACUCGUUCAGCAUCUACAUGUUCCACGGGGGCACUAACUUUGGAUUCGAGAACGGCGGGAUGCGUGACGACGGGCCACUGGCCGCGGUGACGACGAGCUACGACUACGGCGCGCCGCUGGAUGAGAGCGGCCGCCCGACGGACCUCUACCACGCGCUCCGAGAGAUGAUCUCCAAGUACGUGCCGGCAGGCAGCAUCCCGGAGAUCCCCGCAAUGCCCGCGCUGGCCGCCGUGCCCGAGUUUGCGCUGACACCGGCCGCGGCGCUGUUCGACGUCGACGGUGCGCGGACUGCGGCCCGGGUCGAGGCCGACCCGGUCAGCAUGGACGCGCUGGGCCAGUCGUACGGCUACGUCCUGUACGAGCACACGGUCGCGGCGGACGUCGCGGGCAAGCUGGCCAUCGGCGACGGUGCACGCGACCGCGCCAUCGUCUACGUUAACGGCGCGCGCGUCGGUGUGGUCGACACCAUCUACACGACGCCCGCGACCGUCAGCAUCACCCUCAAAAAGGGCGACACACUGCAGAUCCUCGUCGAGAACCUCGGCCGCGUAGACGUCCGCCAGCGGCUCAAAGAGCAGGUCAAGGGCAUCGUCGGGAACGUGUCAGUUGGCUGCAGCCUGCUCACGUCGUGGGCCUCGCGCUCGAUCCCCCUGGCGACGCUGCCCUCGAAGCUCGGCGCCGGGCACAAGGUCAAGCAGAACGACUCGCCUGUCUUCUACACUGGGAGCUUCGACCUGCCCAAGGGCGCGGCAGCAGGGGAUCCGAGCAGCGACACGUUCAUCUCCGUUCCUGGGGGCGUAAAGGGCGUAUUGUGGGUGAACGGCGUCAACUUGGGGCGGUACUGGACGAUCGGGCCGCAGCAGAGCCUGUACGUCCCGGGUAGCAUGCUCAAGGCCAGCAAGAACGAGGUUGUCCUGCUUGAGCUGGAACCGCAGCCGGAUGUGAAGCUUACUGCGGAGGGCAUCGCUGAAAGGAAAUGGUUUAACAAUGCUGACCCGGAUGCUCCGAAAUGA